AUGUUGAAACAAUAUCUGGUGCGUUCCGAUAAAAGAAGCCAUCUCGCCCUCGGAGGCAUUUCCUUGGUGAUGGCAAAAAGUAAUGCUGUGAUUACAUCAGAAGAAAGCAUGAAUCGUACAACUCAUUGGCUACUUCAUGGUAAUAGCCAUACACAGGCCUGUUUGAGUGCUGUGAUGAUGAAAAGAGCUUUUCAUCAAAACAAGAAAUAUUACCGAAUGCCUAUUGCUGCAACAUCUCAAAACCUACCAGCAGAGGAAGAAUAUAUAGACAUUGAAAAAUUAAUUACGCCUUCUAAAAAUCAACCUCCUCUUCCCGAAGAUUAUGUGUUAUUGUACCGCAAUCCAAAAGCUAGAUUCUUCAAAUUUGCUUUCAUUGCAUCAAUCGCGAAUGCCAUUACUCUCACGAUUUUGGCAUAUUUCACAAUAACAAUGGUCAAGUUUGACGAGCUUGGAAAUAGAAAAGAGGCCUCUUUAACUUCCAAAAUCUUAAUAGGUUUAGGUUAUGCCUUGGCAGCAGUAGCAGUAAUUGCUGGUGUAGCUUAUUAUGCAAAACAUAAUAUUUUAGAAUUUGGAAGAAUUGAUGACAAAACAGUAAGAAUUGUCACAGCUAAAUUUGGAUGGGCCAAUUAUAAGGACAAUAGAAUUCCAAUUGAUCAAAUCAAAAUUCCUCAAAACUCGGUUGAAAAUCUCAAGUAUAAUUUAUUUCUGACGGAUAAUGUUGCAGCUCAACAACUUUCAGAAGCACAAGUGAAAGCCUUAAAACGAAAGGGAGAUUACGUUUUUGUUGGACUGAAGGGUCGCAAAUGGAAUCAUAUCAUGGAUAUCACUGCUGAUGACGCGUUUGUGGAUAAGAAUAAUUUCUUACGUUUUCUUGAAUAUCAUCCAAAAGUUGUUGCCAGCUCUAUUCCUCGAUCAGGAAAAGGAUACAACCCAUAUAAGAAUUAG